AUGGUCACCGAAAAGUCUUUACCGGUGGCCCAUGACGCUCCUACACCGGUUACUGUGCGCGAUAAUGGGCUACGUAGUGGAGAACAGCAGUCAUGGGCAGGGUUGUUUCGUGGUGGGAAGGUGAGGGAGGACGCAGGAGCGAUCCCUUUCCUUGAACCAGUGAUUGUUAAUGGUAAAAAGGUUGCUCAAUGUGAUGCUGAUGAAUUGACUGAUGAGAGGGAUAGGUGGAAGGCUGCCCUAGUUGGAUAUGUGUUUGGGUCUAAGCCUUCAUUUUCCUCCAUGCAGAGAUUUGUGAAAGAACAGUGGAGUCAUGUUGGGGCUGUCAAAGUUUUUGGACUUGAGUCUGGUAUCUUUGUUUUUGAUUUUCAAGGAAGGGAUCUUAGUAUGCAAAUUCUGGAUGAGGGGCCAUGGACUUUUAGUUCACGUCCAAUGAUCCUACGUCCUUGGACUCCUGAAGUCUCUCUUUCACGGAAGGAGGAAAUAGAGUUGCCAUUGUGGGUGAAGCUUUAUGGACUUAACCUGCGUUAUUGGGGUGAUCGAUCAUUGGGAUGCAUCGCAAGUGUUCUUGGUCGCCCAAUAUGUGCGGAUAGAAGGACAGUGCGACAUGAGCGACUUUCGUUCGCACGGAUUUGCAUCUCCAUCAAGGUGGCUGAUGGGUUACCUGCUACUAUUUGUAUUGCUCAAGAGGCUGGUACACUGGUUGAGCAACCAGUGCAUUAUGAUUGGUCUCCGCCGUUGUGUAGUGUUUGCAAAGUCUUUGGGCAUGGUGAAAAAUCUUACCCAAUUGCUGCGAUCAACAAAAUGCAGGAGGAUAGUGAUUCGGUGCAAGAUGUUAUGCAGGUGGAGGAUUCUUGGCAGCGACCAAGAGGACGUAGGGGAAGAGGGAAACACACUCUCCCGUCGGAGGAGCCUUCUGGUGUUGCAACCACUGUGUCGCCGGCGACUCCACCUGAUCGUGCAAUUCCUGCGGUUAGUACAUCGGUACUUGUGAUGGAUACACGUGGCGCAGAUGUGAAAAAGAAAUCAGUUAUUUCAGGAAAUUCAAAUUUAAAUACUGUUUCGGUUUCUAAAGAAGCGAGUUUAUCUCCUUCUACCUUGGAUCCACAUGGCAUACAUUUGGGUGCAGAUGUGAAAAAGAAAUCAGGGAAUUCAAUUUUAAAUGGUGGUUUGAAGGAUAAGUUGGUUGCUCCAACAUCUAAGGAGAGUGUAGGGGAACGUGGCAAAGACAAGGUGGUUGUUAACAACCACCUUGCUGUGAAGAAAUCUGUUUGUGACUUGGGUCAUAAUAGUCCAAAUUUUUCAGGAAUUAUGGAAUUAAAACCACCAACCAGUGGUGUGUCUGAGGCGGCUAAAUCUGGUUCAGUUGACCGAACUGGUACGGGUUUGAGGACCAACUCUACUGGGAAGGAUGCUGAUCAGUCAUUUGUUGGUAAUAGAUUCGCUCCAUUACAGGAUGUGGAGCCUAUUGUUACUAGUGAAGAUGGUGUUGAGGGUCCUGCAAUACUUCGUGUACGUGAGCGCAGUCCGGGUCGGGGCAACUACGCGCAUUGCUCCACUUCUCCAACCUCGCAUUGA